AGUUUCUAUUCAGCCAGGCCACUCAAAAGCCAGUAUCGCCUCAAAUAAAACCCGUACGGCAAUUCCCUCCUUCCUUUUCAAAAGCUGCAUUGAGGUCGUCAGGGUACGGCAAAAGCUAACUUAAACAAUGUCGGCCUUCAGUCGCAACCUGUGCAGCACCGCAUCCAGGACCCUUCGACAGCGGUCAACCAUCACUUCCAGAGCAAUCAGGCCAAUUGCAUUCCGAUCUACUCUUUCUACACCGAUUCCUACUCGCACUGCUGUUGCAGCUCCAUUCUCGACAAUGUCUUCCCUCAAGAGCGCUGCCCCGCCGGUCCCUAGCAAGCGGGAGUAUGAUCCCGAGAUCAAGGACAUCGCAAGCUACAUCCACAACACCCCAAUCGACUCAGAGCUCGCAUUCGACACCGCUCGCUGGGUAUUCCUCGACACCCUUGGCUGUGGUCUCAAGGCUCUCGAGUUCGAGCAAUGCAGGAACAUCCUCGGCCCUGUUGUUGAGGGCACCGUUGUCCCCAAUGGUACCAAAGUACCCGGAACAAACUACCAGCUCGACCCUAUCCUAGGUGCCUUCAAUAUCGGUGCCAUGAUCCGUUGGUUGGACUUCAAUGACUGCUGGUUGGCGGCCGAGUGGGGUCACCCCUCCGACAACUUGGGUGCUAUUCUCGCAACUGCUGACUGGAUUACCCGAACAAACAAGGCUGGAGGAAAUCUUGGAAACGGCAAGGUCUUCAAGGUCAGGGAUGUGCUUGAGGCUAUGAUCAGGGCACACGAGAUUCAGGGUGUAAUGGCUCUGGAGAACUCUUUCAACAAGGUUGGCUUGGACCACGUCGUGCUUGUCAAGCUUGCCUCUACUGCUGUUGUGUCUAAGAUGCUCGGUCUCAACGAGGCCCAGACUCGCGACGCUAUCUCUCAAGCUUGGGUUGACGGCCAGUCCAUGAGGACCUACAGACACUCUCCCAACACCAUGUCCCGAAAGUCCUGGGCUGCUGGUGAUGCUUGCCAGAAGGCCGUCGACCUUGCCUUGAAGGUUCUCAAGGGCGAGCCUGGUCUCCCAACCGUCCUCUCUGCCCCCACCUGGGGUUUCUACGACGUCAACUUCGGCGGCAAGCCGUUCCAGUUCCAGCGAGGCUACGGUAGCUAUGUCAUGGAGAACGUCCUCUUCAAGGUCUCAUACCCAGCUGAGUUCCACUCCCAGACCGCUGUUGAGGCUGCUCAGCGUCUCAACAAGAAGUUGAAGGCCAUGGGCAAGUCCGCUGAGGACAUCGAGGGUGUUGUUAACCGCACACACGAGGCUUGCAUCCGCAUCAUUGACAAGCAGUUCAAGCCCAUGGAGAACUUCGCUGAUCGUGACCACUGCGUCCAGUACAUGGUCUCCACUAUGUUCGUCUUCAACCGCCUCGAGGCCACCGACUACCCCGAUGACAGCGAGGCUGCCACUUCACAGCUCGUAGAGUCCCUCCGCCAGCGCAUCAGCUGUGUGGAAGACCCCCAGUUCACCGCGGAUUACCAUGACCCCGCGAAGCGCACCAUCUCCAACGCCCUUACCGUCACCCUCAAGGAUGGCACUGUCCUCGAGGAGGAGGUUGUCGAGGCUCCUCUUGGCCACCGCUGGCGACGUGAAGAGGCUAAGCCAGAGAUCCUCACCAAGUACAAGAGGCAUCUCGGUCCUCACUACCCCGCCGAGCACGUCGACAAGCUCGUCAGCCUCGCCCAGGAUACCAAGGCGCUCGACAAUAUGGACAUUGACCAAUAUGUCGACCUUUACGUUAAAAACUAGAUUUCUAAUUAAACUCAUGUGGAGUCCUAGGUAGACUUUAGAUGACGUUCUGACUGUUACGUAUCACGAUCAAAAAGUGUUCUUACAUG